UUCUCAGCAUGAUAUUAUCUGUUUUGAAGAUUUCCUUUUUCAUCUACCUUAUAGCAGCUGACGAAGUUACCCUAUUCAACCUUGGAGAAACCCAUCAAGAUGAUUGGUACUCCACCCAGAAUGAUCAAGAUGAUGAUCUGGGUGCAAAGAAGUGGAUGGGCGUAAGCAAUCCUUUCCAGUUUCAUGUGUGCCAACUGUCUGGAAUAAAACAAGAUAAUUUUCUCAGAACACCCUUCAUUUAUACACGUGAUGUGACCUUUGUUUAUGUUAACAUUCAGUACACACUCACUCCGUGUACAGAAACUAAGGAAGGUGUACGUCGCGCAAACUGUGCUCAAUCCUUUCAUUUGCAUCUAAAAGAGAGCGACAACCCUAAUGAGCUGGGUACAGUUGACGAGUACAAUUACCGCCUCGCUAAUGAGAAAGUCACUGCCAUCGUACCCUCAGCGUUUAACACCUAUGUAUGGAACACAGUUGAAGUUCAGCUCUCAGGUAAUCAUGAGGGAGUCUUCUUCGCUAUACGAGAUGUAGGCGCUUGUAUCCGUAUAAAGAGUUUCCUUGUUAAGUACAGAUACUGCCCAGAUAGGGUUAUCAAUGCUGUGAGGUAUAACGAGACAAUACUAAACGGAAAACAAGAUAUUCAGGUGGCUGGUACUUGCGUGGACAACUCCACACAUCCUGUUAAUCGACCCCCUAUAACACUCUGCAAGACAUCAGCUGAUAGUAACGCAGUACCAGGAUACUGGUACGACAGCUUCCAGAAGUCUGGUUGUUACUGCGACCGAGGCUUUUGGCUGAGCAACAACGUUUGCGAAGAGUGCGAGUCAGGGUACUACAAGAAAAGUCCUGGAAACAUUGACACGUGUCAAAAGUGUCCCCCUAACUCCUUCUCCAUGCCUGGCUUCACCUAUAAGUGUGAGUGUCAGAGAGACUAUCAGAGAGCUAACGCUUCCAACUUGGAUGAAGCUUGUAUUGAACCCCCGGACCCACCAAGUGGGAUCGUCCUGCUGACCAAUAGCCCGACCUCUCUUAUCUACCAAGUUCCGGAGAUCGCUCCCGAACUUAGAUAUCAGAUCCGGAUAUCUAGGAAGGAUAAAACUACGGGCAAUGUUUAUGAUAUAGAACGGGAGAUUGAGAUGGAGAUUAACCAGGUCUCGAUUGCAGAUCUAGAUCCAGAUGAAGACUACAUUAUCUCCUUCAAAGUAUGUAACGGCUCCGUUGAGAGUGUCUCUGAGGUGUUCUAUGUGACGACCCAAUCAGAUGGUCCCUUCAUGAACAUGUACCUCAUCAUCAUUGCAUGUUUGGUGGGGCUUGUAUUCCUCAUCGUUAUCAUUGCUAUCGCUGUCUUCUGUAAUCGCAAAAAGAAAGAGAGAAAGAGACGGUUUGGUAACUUUGGGGACGCCAGGGACCCAAUGUUGGAACAUGGCAAGCUGGGAACAAUAUCUACCCGGAGUGGGUCACUACAGUACAACCGCAGAACUUACGUUCCUAUUACCAAAUACGCUGAUCCUCAGGACGCGCUGUGCAAGAUGGCGAGAAACCUUGACCCAAAUCAUAUUCAGCUGGACAAGGUCUGCGGCCAGGGUCAGUUUGGAGACGUCUGGAAGGGUACGUUUACACUGCCAGGCUGCAAGCCCAAGGAGAUCGCUGCCAAAAUACUCAAAGAUAGCACACUUCUCGAUCAGAAACGAGAAUUCCUUGCCGAAGCCGCAAUCAUGGUACAAUUUGAAGAUCCAAAUGUUAUCGAACUAAUUGGAGUUGUAACGCGGACGGAUAAAUUCAUGAUAGUAACAGAAUUUAUGAAAAACGGUAGUCUUAAAGAGUAUUUAAAGGAAGUUAAAUGUUUAAGGACAGUAAUAGAACUGCUAUCCAUGGCUCGAGGGAUAGUAUCAGGGAUGAAAUACCUCAGUGAGAUGAAUUUUGUUCAUCGGGACCUCGCAGCUCGGAACAUCCUAGUGGACGAGUUCGGUGUUUGCAAAGUGUCCGACUUUGGGUUGUCCCGCAUGUUGGAAGAAGAUUCUCAGUAUUAUAAGCCACAUUUGGGCGGUAAAAUCCCAGUGAGAUGGACUGCACCAGAAGCUAUAACACACUGGAUGUACACACAUUACAGUGAUGUGUAUAGCAUGGGCGUGGUCUUAUGGGAGAUCUUCACAUGGGGAGCAGAGCCCUGGGGCAACGUUUCUAAUGAUAUGGUUCUAAAGUACCUUAAAGACAACAUAAAGCUGCCUAAACCAGAGGCUUGCCCGGACGUGGUUUACAACAUUAUGUUAACCUGCUGGCUGGACUACACCAAGAGGCCCACUUUCCACCAGCUACACUCUGAGUUUGAUAAACUUAUCCUCUCUUCCAUUGACAGAAACAGUGGUUUUCCUAACCUAAUGAAGCAGUAUGCAAACACUGAAGAUCGGCUGAUGUCCGUAUCUGAGUGGUUACAUGGGAUGGGGCUGGCUCAAUAUGAGUCCCACUUUAUGAACACAGGAUGGGACACUAUCGACAGAGUUGUUCUGAUGGAGGACGAAGAUCUCCACAAAAUCGGCAUCACACUUGCUGGUCACCAAAAGAAGAUCAAAACUGCCAUCGACUUCAUGAAGUCCAGCACCAAAUCCAGCCAUCACAAUUUCCUGAGCAUGACCCCGGAGGGGUCGCUUCCGCGGUGCAACACGCUGCCCCCCUCGCUCUCGUCACCCUGCUUACCAGCGCCGCGCUUUGGGACUAUGACGUAGGAACUAGGUGGCGGGAGGCGAGUUCUCCCCUGCUGAGUGAGAUUUGUUUUGUUUUUAGAGAUGUGCACUCCGAGGUAAGAUCAGAUAGCGCAGCUCUCACCCUGAGCAAGAGAGAGAGAUAAUGUUUGUGUGUGCAAGAGAUUAGAUCCACAUAAAAACUGAUGAAGUGACUGCAGUACGUGUCCUUCACGUGCCCGUCACGUGUCCGAGGUGAUUUAAGAAGUGCUGAGAUGAAAAAAGAUUCUAAUCGUUUGAGAGAUUGAGUUGUGUGGCAGAGGUCGCACCUCCCUCCCUCAACACACUGACAUGCGACGCGAUCACGUGAUUGGAGUUAAUUUAGACUGCUGUGCAGAUUUAUUUGCAGAAACUGUAUUAAUAUCUAUCGUUAAUUUUGCUUCUUUGUUUCUAUUCCUCGUGUUCAAGGGCUUGGAAUUUGAUUGUUUUUUUGAUGAAUUUCCCCUUUCAAUUUUGAUUUUACAAACUUUCGCAAAAUAUACUGACUCGUUGCGUUUGGGAUUCAAACAACCUUUUAAGCAAUAUAUAAUUUAUCAAGUGAUAUAGCAAAUACGUUAUGUUAAAUAGGAACGAUUUUUAGGGAACACUUUUGCAUAGAUAGGUUCAAAUAUUUGAUAUAUUGAUAUGGUAACUGUAAUAUACAUACAUUAGGCGAUGUACAUUGUACAUUAGGUGAUGUAUUCAUUUAGGUGAUUGAUUUUAACGAAAACCUUAGAUUUAAUUAGAUUAUCUAUAUUAUAUUUGGCAACGUUUUAAAAACUAAGAUUGUUGCCGUCUCUUCAACUAGACAAAGCGGCCAUUUCCGAACGAACAUUCCUUCGUUUAGUGUUUUUCCUUCUAAUUCAUGAAUAAUAAGGGGGUUAUUAUGGAUUUAGGGUCUGAAACGGUCGCUUAUAUAGACGAAUUUGUAAAUGUAAAGAUUUUCACAGAGUCAUAUUAUUAGCGCCAUUCAAAACAGUAGCGAAAUACAUGAUCCUUCCGAAAACCACCAUUUUGGUAAGAGUUUAUGUUUUGUCCUCGCAGAGAGGAACCAUCUAAAAAAUUUGGUCGACAAUUUUAGCAUGACCAAAUCCCGCUUCUAAUCUCUAGGAAGGUACCGUGUAGUUCGCCGAGAUGUUUGGUUUUAUACAACCGAAAGUCUCACUUUAUUUUUGUUUGAUUUUUACAACGUUUUUAUUUAUACCAUAAUAUAUAGACUCAUCGACAUGAUUUAUAUAAUUCAAUGUUUAUUGCGUUUCAUAUAGUUUAUCUAUUAAUAGAUAUAUUAAAUAUAUUAUUAUAUUACUCAUCUUCACCGUAACACGUUACAACAUUUUUAUUUUGUCCAACUCUGAUUUUUCAUCCAAUUUAUAUGUUCCGAAACCGUUAUUCUUUUUUUGUUUUUAUGCGCUCAGGUCAUUGAUACGUUUUACCGAUGAUUUGUCACGCAGCAAAUUUAAAUAUUAAAGUGAAUUAACUUGGAAAUAGAUAAGCUGACUGUUGAAAAAAUAUUAAGAAAGCGUUGCUUGAAUAUUUUUAGAGUGAAGCUUAGUUUUUGAAGUUUUUUUUUCCAUUUUUGAAUGUUAAGUAUUUAAUGUGGAAGGUUUACAGAUCAGGCUACGAUUUGUUAAUUAAUUAACUAAUUAAAUAAGUAAUUAGUUAGUUAAUUAAGUAAUUGGUCAAUCAGUAGAGUCAACUGAUGGGUAAAAUAACCGAUCAGUAAUUUUAGCUAAUAUUUAAAAGAAUACAGAUACACUGUACGGGAAAACACAACGACCAUUUUCGGCCAUAAUUGUCGUCGACAAUAAAAUUUGGCCUGACUGACAUUUUGAAAGAUGGUGGUUGUGUCACGCCCAUCUUUAUCAGAGUUGUAGAGUCUUUAGUUGGUUCUGAUCUGAGAAAUCCAAUAUAGCUCAUACAUUAUUUGAAACUGUUAUGUUUAAAGCUAAAUUAUCA